AUAAGCUGCAUUAACACUUGUUAAUGGAAGGCCAUUACGAAAAUGGACGUGUGUGUGUUGUGCUGCCAGUUUGUGGAUUGUAGAAGACCAUUUUGCCUUUUUAACACUGCUUAUUGUGACUGUAGCAUGUCCAUCCUCCUUACUACAAAGUUGUGUUUUCUACUCUUUUCUUUUUUUACCCAUCUAGUAUUUAUCUUGGAUAAAAGGUACAUAUUUUACUUUUAUGAAAACAGCCGUGAAAAGCCAUGCCUCAUACAGGCUUUGACAGCAGCUUUAUAAAUUAUAGGCUAUAGUAACACAGAUAGAUCAGUUUAGAUCAUUAACAAACAGUUCAGUUUCUCUUACUUCUUUGAACUUUCUAUUAGACCUAGACCGCGCAAAAAGUAUGCGCCUUAUUUACUAAGUACAGCUGUUUUAAGGAAGCAGUGAAAAAAAAAAUGGUUAAUAAAUGUAUGGUCAUUUUGUAGUAUAAAAUGUGUUAAUCCAGUCCAGAAAAUACAAACCACAUACUAGGUAAUGGCCGCACGGAGGAAUGUAAAGUAUGCACGCUUAAGGGAAGAAUAGGAAGUCAGGGGGGAGUCCGGGUUUUAAUCACUUAUAUGAAAACGUGGAAUUUUAUAUAACAUAUCAGAUGCACGGACUCGUAUGGUUGGUUGACUUGGUUACGUUUUUGUUAAAAUAACACGUAAAAACACGAUUUUUUUGUUCAUAUUGAGUUCUUGUUUGCUUGAGACACCCCUUAGCCAGAUAGCGCAAUGGUUUGUUCCGUAGUGGGAGGGUUUGUUCUGUGGGGAACUCAACACAGAUCAAUGAACGGAGCUAAACAAACGGGUUGGGCAAUCGAACUUGAGGACGGUUGUGGGAUGUAUGAUCACUGUAUUUUAACGUAUAGUGUUUUUAUUGGUAGUUUUUGUGUGCCGACAAGUCAAAGUUGGAUUAUUUAAUAGCAUCGAUCGGUAUCUAUGUUUUAUAGAAUAAAGCAUACAACUUUACUACCUUCUAGUCGCUUGGAUAUUGACACUUACGAGCGCGAAUAACAAUUGACAGUAAAUCAUCUUUGCGGCAGUACAUCGAGUUCGAGGAUGAUUUUUGCGAAUUCUGGCAACCCGCUGAGAAAUACAUAUCGUAAACAGCCCCCUGUUGGCCCGUUGUCUCAGCCCAUGGCUCCCCCGAGCCCCGGAACCAACAGCAGCACCAAUCAGAGCAGCAGCAGCAGCACUGCAGGAUGGGAGCAGCUCAGCAAAACCAACCUGUACAUCCGUGGCUUGCCCCCAGCAACCACCGACCAUGACCUGGUCAAGCUCUGUCAGCCUUACGGGAAAAUAGUAUCAACGAAGGCCAUCCUGGAUAAGACUACAAACAAAUGCAAAGGUUAUGGCUUUGUGGACUUUGACAGCCCUGCUGCUGCACAGAAAGCCGUUAAUGCUCUGAAGAACAGCGGCGUGCAAGCACAGAUGGCAAAGCAACAGGAGCAGGACCCCACUAAUCUGUAUAUUUCCAAUUUGCCGCUGUCGAUGGAUGAGCAGGAGCUGGAGACCAUGCUGAAGCCCUUUGGCCAGGUCGUCUCCACACGCAUACUGCGCGAUGCUAAUGGUGCGAGCAGAGGGGUUGGAUUUGCGAGGAUGGAGUCCACAGAAAAAUGUGAUGCUGUAAUUUCUCACUUCAAUGGAAAGUUUCUCAAGAUGCCAGCCGGAGUCAUGGCUCCCACUGAGCCACUCCUGUGCAAGUUUGCAGAUGGAGGGCAGAAAAAACGACAGAGCCAAAAUAAAUAUGUACCUAAUGGACGAGCAUGGGCCAGAGAGGGAGAAGCCAGACUUGCCGGAAUGACGCUCACAUACGACCCCACUGCUGCAGCUAUGCAGAACGGGUUCUAUCCUCCUUACAGCAUCACCAACCGAAUGAUCGCCCAACCUGCCAUGUCACCCUACAUCUCCCCCGUGUCCACAUACCCGGUGCAAACACCAUCCUGGGUCACCCACCAGCCCUACAUUAUGCAGCAUCCGGGAGCUGUAAUAUCGCCCUCUAUGGAUCCCUCCAUGUCUCUACAGCCAACAUCGAUGAUGAGCCCCCUCACUCAGCAGAUGAGCCACCUCUCUCUGGGCAGUACAGGAGCGUUCAUGCCGGCUAAUGCAGCAUUACAGGGCGCAUACAUCCCUCAGUACACUCCCAUGCAGCCUGCUGCAGUGGAGGAGAAUAGCUCACAGUCUCAGGUGGAAUCAAGUGGGGAUCAUUCUCCCUACGCCUACCAACAAACCAAGUGAUGAAGAGGUUCCUCAGCACUCAGGAGACUGAGAGGAGCGACAGCUUCAACAAUCAUGCUUCCUCUGUUGGACUAAGCUCAACCGUCGACUGACGUUUGAAACGAUGAGUUUUCUCUGUUUUUAAAAACAACUACCCAGACUAUUUUUGGUAUAAGUUCUAUGAGGUGCAAAUAAAAAUCUUGAUUUCAUCAGAGGAUGCUAGCUAUCUAAGAAGAACAUGAAAAUGGAAAAAAAAAAGUUUUAUUUUAAUUAAAAAAAGAGCAUUUAUUUUUACCAAGGAAUUGUCACAUGGGUGCAAGACCUCAAAGGAUCAUGUGACUAGAUGUACAUGGUAGCAGGUGUUCAUUGUUGAUAUUUUUUAUGAUUUCAGUUGUGUGUGGGUGUGUGAGAUUUUUAAUUUUUUUUCUCCAUUUUUUUUUCCUUUUUACUGAACUAGUUGUGUUGAUUGAAGAGAUUUAUUAGCCGGACAUCCUGAGAAAGACAUUUUUGUGCUUGCAGUGUGUGUUGCAAUGGUGAAGUGUUACAUGUGUCCUCUUGUACAGUGUGUUCUCUCCAGUUGAUCUAGAAUGAUCUUUCUCUUUCUCUCCAUACUAUUUGCCUUAAGUUCGUUCCAUACAGCUGUACAUGUAGCCUCUAACUGAGGCUCAGCCGGAGAAAGAGACGUUCAGCUAUGGCCUUGUAAAUCAGCUGAAUAGGGCUUUUCUUAGGAUCUAGCUAAUGAAAUUUGGUUUGCCUCGUUUAAGUGUUUUGCUUUUUACUGAUCUCCAUAGUGCUUUUUUAGAAUAGAAACCAUGCUGAGUGAUGAAAAAUGUUGAUUUAAGUUUAAAUACGAUGUACUGUUUUUGUAAUCAGAGCGACAACGCCUCUGGUUGGUUGAAUGUGGUAGAAUCACAUUUCACAUUUUAAAAAUGCCUUUUAGAAAAGAAAAAAAUCUUGCUGUUGUAGUUUAGCUGCGGGGAAAGUGGUGUGACCAAGUCUUUUAUUUUUACUUUUUUUUGGGGGGGGGGAUUUUUGUUUCGCAGUUUUAACGUGCUUUUAUGACCAUGUACAGAUGAACUAAGCCUUCCAUGGCAACUUUAAGCAAGAAUUAAGUGGAGGUUUUGAGAUGUAGAUUGAUUUUCUGUAGAUUUUAGUCUGCCUAGCUCUUUUUAAGGAAGCAAACAGAACUUGGCACUUUCAAGUUUACUUCACCAAAGACAGUGAGCUAGCAAGCAGAGAUCAAAUAAUGAGUACAACGUCAUUUCCUCCCUACGCAGGAUAGGCUUUUUAAUGGACUGGACUGCAAUUUUAAGAAUGUGCCUUCUUUGUAUAUAUGCAUCCGGUUGUCUUUAGUUGUUGUCUAGGUUUGGACACAUGCAAGAAGGAAGAUUUGGAUCCGACAAGUGCCACAUACAUCACUACAGAGCACACGAAACUGAAAUAUGAAACUAGAACAUGGAAAAGGAGAAGUUUGAAACUAUGAACUGAUCAGCACAGUGGUUAUCUGCUAUGCUUUUGUUCAGCAGGAGAAUGCCUUUUUUUUUUCCCUCCCAAUUUACAAUAGGUUUUUGUUUUGGCUUUAGUAGGUUGUCUUCCAAAAGACUGUUUUUUGAACUGGUGGUCCUAUUGACCAAUUAUCUACCUCAGAUUUGCGUUCUCCUCUGUUUCGAUUGGCCGGGCUAGCAGGUUCAGCCCCGCCCCUCCAGACCAAAUGGCUAGCUCUGGAGCUGCCCACAUCUACACUUGUUUUCUUUCAGGUUGUUUUUAAAUGCUUUGGGGGUUUUUUUGUUUUGUUUUGUUUUUUUUUCCUUCAACAAAUCUUUUUUUUUUUAAUGCUAAUGUUAUUGUUAUGAGGACAGAUGUGUGUCGAACGUGAUUUAAUCUUGUCUAGACAUUCAGUUUCAUAGUUUCAAAGGCAAAAACACUGCUGCUUAAUCACAGGAUGUUUUGGUGGUCGGCCAUGACAAAGAGAUGAACGAAAGAAGGAGAAAAAUAAAGAGGAACAAAUCUAAACUGAAGGUUGUGGUAUUCCUCGGAUCUGUUCCUGAAACUUUGCCGCUGUUCAGUCCCAAUCCAGACUUUUAGCAGCACAACCCUCACACUGCUGGAAUGAGUCUGUGUGUGAGUCUGUGUGUGAGUCUGUGUGUGAGUCUGUGUGUGAGUCUGUGUGUGAGUCUGUGUGUAGCAGGAGCUCGUGUGUGUGUGGGCGAUUCUGCCAGUUAACACCUGAAACAAGUGCCAAUGUUUAGCUGGAUGAACGAGUGGGAGACUGCAUACAGAAAGAGUCGCUAAUGAACAUGAAACAUCAUAUACUAGACAGCCAUUAAGUUAUGGAAAAAGUAAUAAUUUAUGAACAGAGAACUUUGUACAGACUGUUUGAAGAAAUAAAAAAGUUUUUUUCAUAGAGAUAUCUAUAUGAGAGUUAUUUUUAUUUUAUUUUACUUUGUUUUUAUUUUACAUGUGCUACAAAAUUGCCAGUGGUAACUUGUCCGGUUAAAGAGAAAUCUUCCUCUGUAAAUUUUUUGGUAGUGUUUGUCAAAGCCAUUUUUUUUUUUGUCUAGAUUGUUCUUUACAUUGUUUUUGUCCAUUCUUGGAUUUUUUUUUUAAAUAAAAAUUUAAAUUGG